UCUGUUCAAAGUAUGAGAUCUAGAAACGAGGAGAACACAAGCCUCGUAAUUUCUAAAUUGACAACAUCAAAAACACUAAUUUUUACUAAACUCUUCCACACCCAAUCCCUCCUCACCUCACCUUCCCAUCCACAAUGACAACAACAACCGCCGCACCACUAAUCUCCGCCGCACUCCCAAUCUCAUCCGCCGCACCACAACCACGCAUCCUCUCUCUCCGUCGCACCGCCACCAUUCCAACAACCCUAACAUUUCCAACAACACUCACAAAGACCCCAAAAACACCGUCGAUACGAUGCGACGUCGCUUUACAAUCAGACACCUCAAUUUCAGCUUCAGAAGAAGAAGAAUUGAAGAGUAAUUUAGAUAAAGUUGGGUCUAGGGUUAGGGUAAAAGCGCCAUUAAAGGUGCAUCAUGUGCCGAAGUUACCGGAAGUUGAAUUAACGCCGGAAAUGGAAGGGGUUAUUAAACAGUAUGUUGGAUUUUGGCAAGGGAAGCGUCUUUCUGCUAAUUAUCCCUUCAAAGUUCAGUUUUCGAUCGAUGUCGAAGAUCGUGGUAAGGUUAAAUUCUUUGCUCAUCUUAGGGAAGACGAGUUCGAAAUCAUUGAUUGAGCUCCAAUUCGGUUUUGUGGCUGACUUAUUGUAUUGUGAUUAGAUAUGAUAUACUUUUCAUAUUGUAUGUUGUUUUUAUUGUUAUCUGGGGUUUUCUGCAAUCUUGGUUGAUAAAUUGUUGUAUUUGUAUAUACAUGUACUCUAUUUUACUUGGUUAUUAUACUUAACAAGUUAAUAAA